UGAGGAGGAAGAGAAGAAAAGCAUAUCGAAAGUGGCAAAUGCUGAAUGCCACCGCAUGUACUUCUCAGCCAUCUGGUCAAGCAGGCCAAAAAAAGAGCAAAGACCUUGACAAGGAAGUCAAGGGAAACACUUCAGAGGCUGUGUUUCAUCAGGCUGAGACAUUAGGGAAAUCUAAGGGAAGUGGCAAGGAGCCUACAUCUGCUUCUAUGAAUGGAAAGCAGAAUUCCUCUGUUCUCCCUAAAGAUAAGAAACCAUCUCCAUCUGACAGCAAAAUACACGGCAGGAAGGAAAAUGAUGAUCCUUCUUUGGCUGUCUCCCAUCAGCGAGAGCUCGCCUCACCAGUGGUCAUGUUUAAUGACUCUGAAAAAUCGUUAUCAGGAAAAAUUAUUCUACGGGAUUGCCCAAGCACAGUAGAAGCUUUUAAACCUGCAAAAGGAAAAUUUAUUACAGAAGUCAACUGGGGGGCUUUCAGUGUGCAAGUAGAAAUCAAUAAAAGCAUUUUCUGUAAAACAGCUGCCCAAUUCCCAACAAAAAAGAGACGUCCAGCAUGCCAUCCUCGUUACUCUGCCAGGCACACGAGGAUCUGCUACGCGUGCAAGCAUUGCCUUCCCAAGUGCAAGGCCAGCUCGGAAGAAGCUCUAAAACCUGAGGUACCACGUGAACAUGAACAAAACAAUGCCAGAACCGAGAGCCCUUCUCUGAAAGUAAGCAUUGUAGGAAAAGAAAUAAAGGUCAACUAUUUGAGUAAGAAACAGAAUAUAUUGAUUAAUAUAACUCAUCCCCAAAGAAGGAGGAAAAUAAUAAAACCCAUGUACACGUCCACCAAUUACUCCGCUAGAGCAAUGGCCAGCUCCUCGCCUCAGACCUGCAUUAGCCAUCCUGGAAAACAGCAGCUUGGAAGCCAGCUACAGUACUUGGGCUCUUCUCCCUCUCCUCCCCUUGUGUUUGCUUUCCCGGAGAAGAAUUCUGACACCGCUGCCGUUGCUCUAACCUCAUCUCCCAAGAGAGACAGAAAUAAGCCCCCCACACAUUCUCCUGUCUCAGACAAUACGCAGGCCACAUCUGCCCUAUCUCAGCAGAAGGGCUUUAAAAGAAAUCAGGGGACUCCCAAAAAGAAACAUUACUCUGUAGCUGGUGCUCUUCUGGAGAAUAUUCUUCCUCCUUCCUGUGACAUCCUCAGGACUGCAAGUUUAAGUAACACAGAUUUAAAUAAAAUGCCUGGUGAGGACCGUCAGGAUGUGCAUUUGGAGAGCAGCAGCAGCAGCAGCUCUGGCGUCCAAGAAACCAUCACAUCAGCCUGGAACGCACAGCCAAACACAGAAGGAAGAGAUCAUUCACUAAAUCCCGUUACCAGCACGCCUGUCCCCAUGCAAGAUGACUCCUAUUCUGCUUCUUGUUCGCUGUCUUUUCAGGGCAAGCAUCUCAUAGGAGAAACAGCAGCCAGCAUCUGCUGUACAGACAGUCAGACUCUACCGCCAGAAGGCUGUGAGAAUACACAGCCUCUCUCUGUCCCUUUCAGUCAAGAUGAUGCACAAUGUUGUACCUCCUUCAGCCCAUCUCCCUCCCUCCCUAGACGUUUAGAACCUAUGGAAACCUCUGGGAAAACAGUUUCCUGUACCCAAUGUCCUGAAUUUAUGGCAGAGGAUGAGAAAGGGCAUGGUGAUAUGGCAAACCAAGACAUGACUAGCAAAACCGGUACGCAUAGUGACAUGUAUGGAAACGCACAGCAGCCGCUGGAAAGGAGAAGGAGCCAGAGCCCCACCGUCAGGCCUGCACCUUCUAACAGCCAGGGGAGCCCGACACCCCACAGUGGCCAUAGCACGGUGGAAAGCGAUCAAACAGACAUCCAGGUACAUCAUCUAGAGAUGGAAACCCCCAGAACAACGGAAGUGCCACACGUGGCCUGCAGAACUGAUGGGGCAGAGCACAGUGCCAUUACACAAAAUGAUAAAGAAGGCACACGUGGUUAUAAUUGUCCCAUGGGAAGGAGAGACCCUACAGAGUCACUGCGUUCUCUGGACAUGGUUGAACAUACGUGCCGACUAUUCCCAGUGGUAAAGAAUAAAAGCCACAGCGAGGGUGAAGAACCAACCCAGGCAAAACAAAUCGAAGGCACUGCUGGGUCCAGCUGCGCAGUGCAUGUUGGAGAAAAGCUCUUUCUGAUUGAGAAAACACAAACCAAUGGUUCAGGUCAGUGUGAGGACCAAAAUGAAAAAUGCCUUGUAUUAACCACCGCACACCCAGGGCCAGCAGAAUGCCAAAGGACCGCUUCAGUAAGACCAAAUUCUGAAGAAGAGAACAACAAUGACCCAAAGGAAAUGUUCUAUCACCACAUUGACAUAUUGCUUUCACCUCAGGAGCAGAAAGCUUUGAAAGAUAAUAACUUAGAAAUCAGUAGCCUCCGAAAGUUAUCCCAGGAAUUGGCUCUCAAAAGUGGAAGAGGAAGUGACGGCUCCCAGGAAGAAGCAAUAGACCAGUGGGCCAGAAGGAGGCAACAAUUCAAGGAUAGCAAGAGAUGCAAUUCAACAGGAGGCAGUUCCUUUGCCAGCAACAUCACUGAAGGAUCCAUCACAUCAGAUGAUGGGCAUUCUGUGGAUUUUGGUUCUCGAGUUGAUAUUCAAGACAAAGGAUUCUACACGGAGAAUUUUCACUCAGCAGCAUGGGUUUUCCGGGGGGAUGAUGGGAAUCCUGAAGAUAGUCCCAGAUGUCUUAGCAAGAAACCACGACCAACAGCUGUUCGUGAACGAACAGUGAGACUAUUCAAAGGGACUGGAGAUUAUCCCUGGGGAUUCCGAAUUCAGUUCUCCAAACCAAUUGUGGUAACUGAAGUAGAUACCAACAGCGCGGCGGCCGAGGCCGGGCUCCAGAUCGGGGACGUGGUGCUGUCUGUGAACGGCACGGAGGUCACCUGCGCCGAGCACGCCGAGGCCGUGCACCUGGCAAGGAAAGGUCCGGACAUCUUGACUCUGGUGGUCGGAUCUGACAUCAGCCGCUGUCCCAACACACCCUGGCCCGCCUGCCGUGGCUACCUGCAUAAGAGGACUCACACUGGCUUCCUCAAGGGCUGGAGGAAGAGGUGGUUUGUGCUGAAACAUGAUGGCUACCUCCAGUACUACAAGCAUAAAAAGGAUGAAGGAAAAUGGCCACCUUUGGAGGUAAUAAAAUUAGAAGGAGCAGAAGUUGGCAUUGAUAGCAGCUUGGGAAAACCUUUUGUCUUUAACUGUGUUCCUCAGUCUGGAAGUAGAAUGUUUUGCCUCUGUGCAACCUCAAACCAAGAAAUGAAAAGGUGGCUGGAGGCAAUGGACAAAGCAGCCCAUCCUAUCCGCGAGAGCCACGUCUGGGAAGACGUUACUGCUCACAACAGCAACCUCCCCCCCUUGGCUAUCAAAAAUCCAGAGUGUCUGGGCCUUCUGCACCGACUGGACAGAAGCACAGACACGUGGGUCCAACACUACUGCAUUGUCAAGGACGGCUGCUUGUACUUCUACGCCAGCAUCCGCGCCACCCAGGCCUCAGGUGGCCUAUACCUUCAUGGGUAUAGUGUGAGUGAACAAACCCAUGGCUUCAAACAAGCAGUAAUUGAACUCAAACCCUCAUCAGAAGAGUUCAGGACGUUUCAUUUCUGUGCAGAAAAUGAAACUGAAAACCAGCGCUGGAUUACAGCUCUGAAAGCGUCUAUCAAAAAAUGGCUUCCUUUGCAUGAGGCUAUUCAAGACUUCAUGAAUCGACCUCUAGAGGAGACCAGAAUGUGAAGAGAAAGUCUCCAGGAGUUCACCACCAACCUGCAAGAAGAAACAAAAUGCUUCUAUUCAAUGUCAAGAGAUACAGCUUUUCAAAGGAACAUCCCUUCACUGUUAUAACUUUAUGAUAUGAUUAUAAUUUUUGAACCAAGGCCCCAAUAUCUAAUGUCAUUAUCGAUUAUUUCUUUUCCCACAUUUCUCCCUCAGACUACAUAUGUUUAGCAUCAAAAUACAAUCAGUGAUUUGCUCCCAUCUUUUUAAAGUGUCAAUACAGUGAAAGCUUACUUUGUUUUACUUUUCAUAUUCUUUGUAAAAUGUUCUGUUCUAGCUUUUGAGAAGGCCUGAAAUAUAGAAUUUUUGAGAAAUUCAAGACAGUAGAAAUGAAAUGGCUGAAAGGAUAAGUAGUAAUAGUCCAGCCAAACACGGUAUUCUAUCCUGGGCCAUUUUCCAAUGAACAGGGCCAGGUGCCUCCCAGACCUCUUCAGAUGAAGGAAAGUAAUAAGAAUUAUUGUUAGAAAAAAGUGAAGAUAAGGAAUUGGAUUGAAUUUAGCAGAGAAGACUCAGACAGGAGGCCUCACUCUCUGAAUUUCUAUCACACUGAAAACACAAAAUAAAUCAAGGUUGCACUUUUCUGGAACUUGCAUUUCUCCUAGAAAUAAGUGGAACACUCCGGCUCCUGAAUCCAAGAAUUAGUGAUACAUUUGGAACAUGUGUCACAGAUUUCAAGGGUUUCAGUUGCAAGAUUCAAGGACUCUAGAAAAACUCAUAGAACAUGAGAGAAAUCUUUUCUUUUCAUAAAGUGAUAGUAUUCCAGAACUCACAAGGACCCUAGAGUUCAACUUUUCUUCUGGACAGACACGGCUUCAGAGAAGAAAUGGCCUGAUGGAGAUCACCAGGUUGUUAAUGGCAGGACUAGAACUGAACUCGGGUCUUGCACUUUGUCUCCCUAUCCAUUGUUCUCUUGCUCAUUGUACCCAGGAAAAUCUGGAGUGGUUCCACAGAGACAGUGACACCAUCCCAAAUUGUUAAAUAGUUGUUGAUUCCAGCUGAGAACUGGGUCAAUAAACUAUGCUUAUAUUUCUAUCAUCUCAG